CUGGAUAUUAGUGUUUUCUAAUUGUUAUCGCGUUAAUCCGUCAUGUAACAGUUAUCAUUAUCUGUCUUCUAUCGGAAGCCCCUCACCAUGGUGUCGUACAAGAGACUGAACCCAGAAGAGGUGCAUUUUUCCGGUGUGCCUUUGCUGGAGUCUGUUGAUGCUCCACAGGACGCUGAGCUAAAGGUGGAAGAUGCAGAGCGCCCGCUGCUGGCCCGGAGACCCCACUGCUCCUCCACUGCUGCGCUACUGACACUCGGAGGGUUUAUCCUGAUCCUUGUGAGUGUUUGGCUGCUAGGAACUGUUCUUUGGCUACGUAAUAACCCUUCCUCGGGAACUCACCGUCCUCCUUCACCCGCCACUCCCCCAGCUCGGGGUGGAAAGCUGGAAAAUAAAACACAGCCAGAAUCUUGCGCUCUUAUUCCAGAGGCCUGGAGGUUUGACUGCUACCCAGAGAGGGGUGUUGUGGUGACUGAAGAGAUGUGUCAUGCCAGGAACUGUUGCUUCAUUCAGGUGCCUUCGAAGCAGAACGGAGUCCCCUGGUGCUUUUAUCCACCAGAAUUUCCAUCUUAUGAGUUAGUGGCUGUAAAUGAGACAGAGUUGGGUUACAGGGGGAAACUGGUUCGUACCCAAAAUACCUACUACCCUAAGGAUAUUGAGACACUGCAGCUGGAUGUUCUGUACGAGUCAAACAGCAGACUUCGUGUGAAGAUCACAGACCCAGCAGAAAAGAGGUAUGAGGUUCCCAUAGAUGUUCCUGUCGUCACAAAAAGAGCCCAGGAUCCUUUGUAUACCGUGGAAUUCACCAGACAACCGUUUGGGAUCAUUGUUAAGAGGAAGAGAAAUGGGGCAGUGCUGCUGAACACGACCGUAGCUCCUCUGUUCUAUGCAGAUCAGUUUCUGCAGAUGUCCACAUCACUAUCAUCGAAAUUUGUUUAUGGGCUGGGUGAACAUCGCUCCACCUUCCUGCAUGACGUGCAGUGGAACAGCCUUACCAUGUGGGCUCGGGAUGCAGCACCAUUGGAGUUAAUUAACCUGUAUGGUGUUCAUCCUUUCUAUCUUCUAAUGGAGAAUGAUGGUCUGGCACAUGGUUCUUUCUUACUCAACAGCAAUGCUAUGGAUGUGGUACUUCAGCCUGCCCCGGCACUCACCUGGCGCACCACUGGAGGAAUUCUAGACCUUUAUGUCUUCCUUGGUCCAGAUCCUGGAUCAGUGGUUUCUGAGUACUUGGAGGUUACAGGAAAGCCGGCUAUGCCUGUAUACUGGGCAUUGGGGUAUCACCUUUGUCGGUGGGGAUACGACUCCAGCAAUAAAACCUGGGAGGUUGUGAGAGAAAUGAGGAACUAUGGGAUACCACAGGAUGUGCAAUGGAAUGACAUUGACUACAUGGAUCGUGCUUUGGACUUUACUUAUGACCCUGUAAACUUUUCCACCUUGCCCAAUCUCGUGAAGGACCUUCACUUCCACAACCAGCGCUACGUCAUGAUCCUGGAUCCUGGCACCAGCAGCACUCAGCCAUCUGGUUCCUACUGGCCUUUUGAUGAGGGAAUAAGGAAGGGCAUCUUCAUCAACAGCUCCAGUGGAGAAACACUCAUUGGGAAGGUCUGGCCAGGACUUACCGCUUUCCCGGAUUUCUCCAACCCAGACACGCAUGAAUGGUGGUACCAAAACCUGCAGAAGUUUCAUGACAAAAUUCCUUUUGAUGGACUUUGGAUUGAUAUGAAUGAACCAUCAAAUUUCUUUGAUGGAUCUGUGAAUGGCUGCCCAGACAACGAAUUAGAAAACCCUCCUUAUACACCAGGUGUUUUGGGUGGCACCUUGAGGGCAAAGACAAUAUGUGCAUCUGCACGUCAGAAAACCACCUCGCACUACAAUCUGCACAGUUUGUAUGGACUUAUGGAGGCUCAGGCUUCAGCAAGUGCUCUAAAGAAGAUCCUAGGGAAGCGGCCGUUUGUGAUUUCCCGUUCCACGUUUCCAAGUCAGGGAAAGUAUUCUGGACACUGGCUAGGUGACAACAGGAGCCAAUGGAAAGAUUUAUACACUUCCAUUUCAGGAAUGCUGAUGUUUAACAUAUUUGGCAUCCCGCUCGUGGGGGCAGACAUUUGUGGCUUUUCAGAAAACACCACAGAAGAGCUGUGCGUGCGCUGGACACAGCUAGGAGCCUUCUAUCCCUUCACCAGAAAUCAUAACACCAAAGAAUCGCAGGCUCAGGAUCCAACUGUGUUCAGUCCAGUGGCUCGCACAGCAAUGAAGGAAGCUAUUCUGCUCCGUUAUUCUUUUUUCCCCUUUCUUUACACCCUUUUUCACCAUGCACACCUCAGUGGACACACCGUAGCCAGACCCCUGUUUUUCGAAUUCCCUACAGAUCAGAAGACAUAUUAUGUAGAUAAGCAGUUCCUUUGGGGAAGGAGUUUAUUGGUGACGCCUGUUUUGGAGCCAGGUGUGGACUAUGUGGUUGGGUACAUCCCCAAGGGAAUCUGGUACGACUUUUACACGGGGGACUCACUGGACAGCAAAGGUGAAAAGGUCAAGCUUCACGCCCCUCUGGACAAAAUCAACCUGCAUCUCAGAGAAGGGUCCAUCGUUCCUACACAGAGACCCAACACUACUCUGUGGGUGAGUACUGGUCAGCCCCUCCACCUAAAAGUGACUCUGAGUGAUGAAGGUCAGGCUGAAGGAGAUCUCUUUUGGGAUGAUGGACAGUCCCUCGACACCUAUGAGACCAACAAUUAUGCCUACAUCAUCUUCAACCUGAAACAGAACACUUUGACCUCAGAGGUGCUUCAUAACGACGUGGAGGCGACUUACCUCACAGUUGAGACGGUUUCGUUUUACGGAGUGAAGAAAGCACCCAGCAGUGUUACAGUGAAUUCUCAAGAAGCCCAGUUCAGCUACUCGACCAAUCAGGUGUUAACAGUGGAUGACUUGGGCCUAAACCUUAGCCAGAAUUUCACCAUAAGCUGGAUAUGAUGUGAAAUGAAUCAGUGGUGGUUGGAAGAUGAAAGCACCAGUCUGGUAUUUCACAUCUGAAGAUUUAAUUCCCCAUAUUUGGACAGAACUACUGAUUUCUGUAAUAAAUAAAUGAAAUGUAUUUUGCUUA